GUGUCAGGCGAGUUGCGGCCUAGGAGGCCUCCCCACGCACCAAAGUCCAAAGAGCACAGGUGUGGCCGCCUUGUGGCGUCAUCUCCAUAAGGCCUGCCUGCUCGCCCAGGGCCCGCCUGAUCACAGGGGCUCUGCCUGUGGCCGCUAGCAGAGAAGCUACUGGCCUCCCACCACCAGCACCGGACCACCAGCUCAAACACCCGCCCCUCGGGGGCACCAGCCAGCCGGCCUCGCUGGAACCAGAGAGUCAUCUCAGCCGCGUCAACAUGUCCCGGCCCAGCAGCAGAGCCAUUUACCUGCAGCGGAAGGAGUACUCCCAGAACCUCGCCUCAGAGCCCACCCUCCUGCAGCACAGGGUGGAGCACCUGAUGACGUGUAAGCUGGGGGCUCAGAGAGUCCGGGAGCCCAAGGAUGCUCUGCAGAAGCUGCAAGAGAUGGAUGCUCAGGGCCGGGUGUGGAGCCAGGACUUGUUCCUGCAGGUCAAAGAUGGCUGGCUCCAGCUGCUGGACAUCGAGACCAAGGAGGAACUGGACUCUUAUCACCUGGACAGCAUCCAGGCCAUGGACGUGGCACUCAACACCUGCUCCUACAACUCUGUCCUGUCCAUCACCGUGCAGGAGUCAGGCCUGCCAGGCACCAGCACUCUGCUCUUCCAGUGUCAGGAAGUGGGGGCAGAGCAGCUGAGGACGAGCCUGCAGAAGGCCCUGGAUGAGGAACUAGAGCAAAGCAGACCUCGAUUUGGAGCCCUUCGCUCAAGCCAGGACAAAUGGAGGGGGCCUCCUCUGGAAAGGCCACUCCCUAAGGAGCAGGUACCCCCACUGGAGCGGGGGCCCCCUCCAGAACAGCCCCACUGGAUGACCCCAGAGUACAGCAUACCACAGUCCCCAAGGCCCCUGACACGCCACUCCAGUGCCCGCGAACCAAGCACCUUCGCUCUGCCUCCUCCCAUGCGACCCCCAUCCCCCGAGGACCUGGAGAGGGAUGAGGAGGUGCUGAGCCACGUGCUAAGGGAUAUCGAGCUGUUCGUAGAAAAGCUGAAGGAGGCCCAGGCAAAGAUCAGUGGUAAGAAGAAGAAGAGACUGGGGAAGAAAAAGAAAAAGGAUCAGGGGGGGAUGACACAAGCACAGUACAUCGAUUGCUUCCAGAAGAUCAAGUACAGCUUCAACCUCCUGGGGAAGCUGGCUAUCAGACUGCAGGAGACAAGUGCCCCUGAGUUCAUACACAUCCUCUUCCAAACUCUGGACUUCAUCCUGGCCCAGUGCCCUCAGCCUGGCCUAGCAGCGCAAGUGAUCUCACCCCUCCUCACCCCUAAAGCCAUCGACCUGCUGCAGUCCUGUCUGAGCUCACCUGAGAAUGACCUCUGGAAGGGACUGGGUGUGGCCUGGACUACCAGCCGGGCCGACUGGACAGGCAAUGAGCCCCCACCCUACCAACCUACAUUCUACGAUGGUUGGCAGCCUCCAAAACCCUCCAACCAGGCACCCUCAGGAUACCAGGACUCUCCUUCCCUCCGCCCUAGGUUAGGGAGUACCUCACACUUCGCUCAAGAGGAGACAUACAACUAUGGCCCUCAGCCUGGGGACCCCAACUUCAGGCCCUCCAGCCCCAGACCUGCCAAGCCUGCCCUGCAAAUGCAAGUCCUAUAUGAGUUCGAAGCAAGGAACCCACAGGAACUGACUGUGGUCCAGGGAGAGGUGCUGGAGGUUCUGGACCAGAGCAAGCGGUGGUGGCUGGUGAAGAAUGAGACAGGACAGAGUGGCUACAUUCCCAGCAACAUCCUGGAGCCCCUGCAGUCGGGGACCCCUGGGAGCCUGAGCCAGUUACCCCCUCGGGCUCCAAUGCUUCGACUUAGCUCAAGGCCUGAGGAGGUCACGGCCUGGCUGCAAGCAGAGAACUUCUCCACCGCCACGGUGAAGACACUUGGGCCCCUGACAGGGAGCCAGCUGCUUCACAUAAGACCCGGGGAGCUACAGAUGCUGUGUCCACAGGAGGCCCCACGGGUCCUGGCACGGCUGGAGGCCGUCAGAAGGAUGCUGGGGAUGGGCCCUUAAGCACCAACGCAGACACCUCCAAGACCAAGGCCCUCUCACAAACAAGACGGCGGAUCCAUCUUCAGAGCCCCAAGAAUUCCUCUUUCAUGUCCCCAGUUUGCAGCAAACCCCACACCCCAGCUCACACAGCAAAGAGGAUGAGCAAGCCCAGAGGUGGAGACAAAUGGUGCCAUUCUUGCUGUGUUGAAAGCCAACCCCAGUCACCACCUAUUUAUUGUAUCUUUUCUAAGCCUGGAGCACUUAUGCAUAGAUUUGCCAGGACUGUUUAGUUGCUCUCCUCCAGAAUAAAGGCAUCUUCAAAUUUGUCAUGUGCCUCCCUUCCAGAUGCUUCUGGGCCUGAUGAGGGACAAAGGCAGGAAGGCAGGAAGAGCUGGGACACUGGGCAUGAGACAGCAGCAGCCCUGCAUCCAUCACUGGGCCAGACUGUUGGAACGUGAAUGGGAAUUCCCACUACAACCUGGAGCUGAGAGUCAGAAUUUGAGAAUUAUGUCCCAAGCUCUCCUUGCUUUCUUUCUAAACAAACUCUAAAUGCUCACCAUCUUUAUCAUUCCGAGUACAUUUCUCCCAGUAUAUUCCAAGGCACCCAACAUGACUGAGGGCACAACACUUCACAGCAGAGUACCAGGGCUGAGAGCGGUAGGUUUCAAUCAGCGACACUAGCUGAAUAUCCAGAGAAGCGCUAACAAGCAUGUCAGGGGCUCCAGGCUCUAAUUUCAACUUCCUCUUUUAAUACAACUUUUAUCCCCUCCUGUUGGGUGAGCCAACCUUGAGCUCUCUCCCUAGCCUGUCUCUAUAGCAACAGAGCAUAGGGAACUUUGGACUGGAAGUCAGAUGUCUAGCCAUUGGCUGUGUGAACUCUGGUAAGUCAUUUGAUUCUUUGGGUCCCUAUUUUCUCAAAGGUUAAGUGAAGAGUUUGGACUGUCCUUGGCUUCUAAUAUUUAGUAUACACAUCCUUCUUUAAUCU